GGUAGACGAGGACACACCCGCAUACUGUAGCUCUCUGCCCCUCCUCCCUGCCUGCCCCGUUAUGCACAAUACGCCGGUGCGCCGAGAGCUACUGCAGACAGUGGCAGCCAGGAUUUAAGGAAUCAGAUGUGUGUUUGUCCUUUUCAUCGCAGCCACACAGACGCCGGAGUGCUAUCCACACUUCGAGAAGGCUGUCGUGACUUCUGGGAACCUGAGGAACCACAGGGGUGAUUUAGAAGUUUACCUAGCAGUCAACCCACCCGGUAGCACGCUGUGGCCCUUAGUGCUCUACGGUGUCAAGCUCCCUUCUGUGAGGAUUCCUUGCAUUUUCCCACCCUGUGGGGCCCUGCCUCCGUGAAAAGUGCAGGCCUCACCCUCCUGUAUAAUGACUGUGGCCACGGGCGACCCCUCAGAUGAGGCGGCAGCACACCCUGGUCUUCCUCAGGAAUAUGACCCCGGAACGGAGCAGGAGUGCUGUGAGCGAGUGGUCAUCAACAUCUCGGGUCUGCGUUUCGAGACGCAGCUCAAGACCCUCUCACAGUUCCCUGAAACAUUGCUCGGGGACCCUAAGAAACGCAUGAGGUACUUUGACCCGCUAAGGAAUGAGUAUUUUUUUGACAGAAGCCGUCCCAGCUUUGACGCCAUCCUCUAUUACUAUCAAUCGGGUGGAAGGUUGCGGCGCCCCGUCAAUGUCACUUUGGACAUUUUCUCAGAGGAGAUCCGCUUUUAUGAGCUUGGAGAGGAAGCAAUUGAGAUGUUUCGGGAGGACGAGGGUUUUAUCAAGGAGGAGGAGAGGCCGUUGCCUGACAAUGAGUUUCAGAAGCAGGUCUGGUUGCUGUUCGAGUAUCCAGAAAGUUCUGGGCCAGCCAGGAUUAUAGCAAUCAUAUCCGUCAUGGUCAUCCUCAUCUCCAUCGUCAGCUUCUGCCUGGAAACCUUGCCCAUCUUCCGCAGCGAUGAGGAGGAGAUGCGCAAAGUCCCAGUUGCCGUCACUAACUCCACAACCACUUACACAUCCACCUACUUCACAGACCCUUUCUUCAUUCUAGAGACGCUAUGCAUCAUCUGGUUCUCUUUCGAGUUCUUGGUGCGCUUCUUUGCCUGCCCUAGUAAAGCCAGCUUCUUUGUGAACAUAAUGAACAUGAUUGAUGUGGUGGCCAUCAUUCCGUACUUCAUCACGCUGGGGACGGAGUUGGCCGAGACAGCAGAGGACGGGCAGCAAGGGCAACAAGCCAUGUCUCUCGCAAUUCUGAGGGUCAUCAGACUUGUACGAGUCUUCAGAAUCUUCAAACUCUCCCGUCACUCAAAGGGACUUCAGAUUCUUGGCCAGACCCUCAAAGCCAGCAUGAGAGAGUUAGGUCUACUCAUCUUCUUCCUCUUCAUCGGAGUCAUCCUCUUUUCCAGUGCAGUCUUCUUUGCAGAAGCUGACGAACCCGAGUCACAGUUUUAUAGCAUCCCGGAUGCGUUCUGGUGGGCUGUGGUUUCAAUGACGACUGUUGGCUAUGGAGAUAUGGUGCCCACAACCAUCGGAGGAAAGAUUGUCGGAUCCCUCUGUGCCAUCGCUGGCGUCUUGACCAUCGCCCUUCCCGUGCCCGUCAUCGUCUCCAACUUCAACUACUUCUACCAUCGAGAAACAGAAGGGGAGGAGCAGGAGCAGUAUCUCCAAGUUAACGUCCCUAAAGCCGAUUCACAAGAAGAGCUGAAGGGAAGUCGAAGUGGAUCCACCAUCAGCAAGUCGGACUACAUGGAAAUCCAAGAAGGGGUCAAAAACAGCAACGAGGACUUUCAGGAAGAGAACCUCAAGACAGCCAAUUGCACUUUAGCUAAUACAAAUUAUGUUAAUAUCAAAAAAAUGCUGACAGAUGUCUAGUAAUUCGAGGAGCAGGUACGAACUGAAUUAUAAAAGGACUAUAGUAAGCCAUGUUCGAAGGAGGAUUGUGAGGUUGAACGCCUCAGUUAUUGUCAUGAGAUUUACAAUCUCCAGUUCCUCAUUAAAAGUCCAAACCUACAUCCAGUGUUUGCAUGGAGUCAUCUAUAUCAUCCAACACCUUAUCCGGAUCAGGAGCCAAGUAUUUAUACGGAACUGUGGAACACAAAUAAACAGCACAUGAGUGUCAGUAUAUUUCCAUCAACAUCUUACUCUCAAAGCCAAGCUUCGCCAAAGAAACGUCAUUUGUGUGCUUCAUCUGCUGUUAAAAAGGUUUGCGGUCACAUGCAGUACAUGUAUACGAUGCAAAGAAUAUUCACAGAAGUUUCGUCCACUCUCCUGCUGCUUGUUAAAGAACACCAA